AAAAGGCGGGCACCUCACUCACUCUCAGCAACUGCGUCGGGAGGCAGGGUGAUAAAAUUUUCCGCGCUAUAUGACGACUAACUUUAGACAGGACAACAGCAACAACAACCACAUGUAGACCAUUACCAAUUGUACCCACGUGUGUUACCACCGGGAAAAAUGACCAUAAUCCUGCGAUUGCAAGGCCUUGAUGUAAAGGCAGGCACUGAAGAUAUAAGGACAUUUUUUGAACACCUUCACAUACCUGAAGGAGGAGUGUACAUUGUGGGAGGGCGUCUCAGAGAGGCUUUUAUUGCGUUCAACACUGAAGAAGACGCCCAGCUUGCCAUGCGGAGCACUGGAAAGUCCCUCAAAGGAUCUGAGGUGGCUUUACAUGUAAGCAGCAUGCCAGAGCUGGAGCAGAAACUGAAGUCCUUGUUAAAGAGGAGGAAGCCCUUCCCCACACAGCUUCCUGUGAAGAAACCACAGCCAUCUCCUGAUGCAAAUGUGUUCCCUUCAAAUGAAUCUCCUCCUGAACCCUAUACAGAAAAUCUACCACCCCCUACUGCACAGCCUGUUGAUGCCAACGCUGCAACUCUGCCACAGCUUCUUCAUCCAGAUAUUGAUAAUUCACAACCUUCAAAUGUAGACUCACUUGAUUCUAGCACAGCAUUUCUUCUUGGGGUUUGUACAGUUCUUCAAGGCCUUCAGUCAUCUCUUCAAAGCAAAAACAAUGACGCAGUGCCAAGAGUUGAGUUCCACAAAGCUGACCCCAGAGUUGUGUGUAACGAGAUGAGGGCUCGGAAGGACAACCUGGACUCAAGACCAGGUUAUGUCAGGCUCUUUGGCAUGUCCGCCUCCGUUACAAAAGAGGUAAUCUGCCAGUUUUUCAAAGGGCUGUCUGUACAGGAAGUGAUAGUGAAUGUAGAUUUGGGGCGUAGCCGCGGCUGCCUCGUGAAGUUUGCAAACAUGCAGGAUGCGAAUGCGGCUCUUCUCUUCAACCAACAGUCAAUGGGCCCAGUCUGUGUGGAGGUGCGGGGAGCAACUGAGAAGAUGUGGACUGGUGCAGUGCAAGAAUGUGAAGCUGCUUUUGAUGCCGGAGAGAGCGUGAAACCCCAGCAAAACCCUCUUAAGGAAACUGCAAACCAAGAACCAAAAAACACUUUUGCACAGCGGCGAAAGAGGCGGCCUGUUGACCAGUUGCCAUCUAAAUCAUCAAAAAAGCCAAGACUCGACCAUGACCCAACCGCUGCUUUCUCACCACUUAUGGAGUACACGGUCAUGGUCAAGAAUCUGCCCAAAGAGAUGACCAAAACUGAAAUAAAAGAAUUGUUUGGAUGUCCAAACAUGGCUCACAAUAAGGUAUUGCAUCUGCUUGACGUGAACAGCAAAAGAACAGACACAGCUUUUCUUCUCUUUAAUUCCAAUGAGGAUUACGAAUAUGCAAUGAAUCUCACUGGCUGCCAUGUUGGCUCUGAUGCCAUUGAGGUCACCUCAGUCACUAAAAAGGUGAUGAGGGAAAUGAUGGAGAACGCGCAUCCCAGGAGUCUGGAGAGUUGUCCAAAGACUGACUUAAUGAAAGGAUCAGCCCGAAAGCGGAAAUUAAAUCCAGUGAAGACAUCAAAAGAAGCACCAAGUGUGAACUUUGACCCAGCAGCUCAGACAUGUCUGUUUGUUAGAAAUAUGCCUGCAGACGUACAGAGAACUGAUGUAAAAAGACUUUUCUCCAAAUUCCAUCAGCUGAUGAAAAUCAUCUUACUGUACAACCGUGAGGGUGAAGGUAUUGGUGAAGCCGUGCUUCAGUUUAAAUCAGAGAAGCUCGCUGAGCUGGCUCACAGACUCCACCAUGGUCAGGACUUCCUGGGGACACAAGUUCUUCUCACUCGCAUAAAUGUGAAGCAAAUGGAGGACAUCUUGGCAAGAAAUAUUUGAGGAAGUUGAACAUUAAUGCUUGAAUUCAGGCAGCCUGGCAAAGGCCCCUCCACCCCAUCAAGUUUCUCUUAAUUUAAGGUUUUCUACUAAUUUUUUAUGUUCAAAAAUAACGGUUACCCAUUACCUUUGUGAAUAUUGCAAUAUAAAAUAAAUCUUUUUAUACUGUU